AUGGCUAGAGUGAAUUUUACUGAUUAUUCAGGUUCAUUUGUUGAUGAUGAUUCAGGUAUUGGUGUUAAUUCUAAUUAUUCGUCAUCAACAUUGAAUGAAUCAUGGCCGCCAUAUAUUUCACAAUCGACAACAUCGAUUCCAUUUCCUCCUUCGCCGGCGACAACAACAACAAUUAUGAAAAAACAUUAUAAUGCUGUACCGUUAAUUAGAUUUCCAUCAGAUGGUAUUGUUGAACGUAUUCGUCCAGUAACAAUGAAAAAUAGUGAAAAUGGAGAUUUUAUUGUUUGUCGAACAAAUCGUGGAACAUAUGUUGCUUAUCGAACAACAAUUGUUCCGGAAUGGGUUAAACGUCUGGUCGAAGAAAUCGAAUAUCAACAAAGAUAA